AUGCACAGUGGAUCAGUUCAACGGCGGCGGGUCGCGCCUUUUCCCACCGCCGCGUCGUCCUUGGGGGUUUCUUAUCGAACAGCUCCACACCAUAACGCGCGGUACUACACCCCUGGAGAGAACGGGGAGAGAUUCUUCGUGAAUGGUGCUAAACAAGAGCCACACUGCGGUAGGAUCUCCCCACCCGAGCCCGUUCUAGACGUGAUCCACGACGUCGAAGACGAGGAAGAUUUGGCGCUGAAUAUCUUUAACCGACUCGAUGGGCUUUCAGAAGAGGAAAAGCACAAACACGCAUGCACGGAGGCGUUUGUUCGUAUCGUUAUCACAACGCCUUCGGAGCAGGAGUGGAAGGAUAUGAUGGCCGCUGCCCUCCGUGAAGGGACGUGGCGGGAGCAUCACUUCGAGGCCAUCCUAUCUGGUGUACGGCUUCUCAAGUACGACAUCGGUCAAAGCACACCGACGCAACGCCUUCGACGUGCACACGCGAUUUUGAUCUUCUGGGUGGAGGAGACCACAGUGGAAUUGCAGAGCUCUUCGGAGAGGCCCACGAACCGUGUGGUCUGCACGCUUCUCACGCAGCUCCUGCGCUCCGCUAUGCAAAAGCACGCCCCUCCCGCCGCACACUCAUCCAAUGAGCUCUCACCUACCGAGGCGGGACCAUCGGAAGUCUCGUUUCGGAGGGUGUGGCGUUUUCUUGCGUGGAUGGAGCUCCACGGCUAUCAUAUCCACUCCUUUGAGCUUGUCGACAAGCUUGAGCGCUGCGUUGACGAGGAUAAUGACGGCCACGCCGAGGGAGAAAAGGGUGCGGCAGAAGGUCCGGAAAGCGAAAUCCGCAGCGGUGCCGCGCAGUACGCUUCUGUGUCGACUCGCCAGAAUCGUCUGGAGUACCUCCGCGGCGAAAGAGCGCGACUGUGUAAGAUGGAAAAAGGGGAAGAUACUCUAGGAAACCAACGUCCACCUAGUAGAAAAGUCGACAUCCCGGUUACAGAACCACAUUAG